UCGCAUUUUAACCGACAAAUGUCACUUUCGACGGCUCCAUCAGACUGGGAGCAGCCAUGAUGUUCGGGGGUGUUAACGAACAGCUGUUUCUAGAUGGCAGAGCGAUCAGAACCGAAAACUUCACUUAUUUUUACAUUUUAUAGGUACAUUCAUUGUGAAGAGAAAAGAGAUACAUAAUUUGAAAGACAGCAAAAACGAGCAGAAGAUAAAAAGAUGACAGAAAAUGUACUUAGUGAAAGUGACGAAGGAGAAAUAAAAUCAGAUUUUGAAGAAGAUUUUCAACAUGAAUUACAUGAUUUUCCCCAUGUUUUAAGAUUUAUUCAACGGAUGCAUGAUCAUGUAAAAAAACAAAACAAAAAGAUUACUAAGUUGAGAAAUAAACUUAAAGAAUAUAAAAAUCAAAAAUUUGUUCAAAGUAAAACUUUGAUCAAUUAUGGGACUCAAACAAAUCCAUUGGAAUGUGAAAAGGAAUCAGGUGUUUCACAGGAUUGGAGUACUAGUAAUGAUAAACGUUCAGCUAGUAUUGUAGAUCAAGUUAAAGAAGCAGCUGAAUCAGCUUUGCUACAAACUGGUUUUGUUUAUGAAGAAACUUCAGGUUUAUAUUAUGAUUACAACAGUGGAUAUUAUUAUGAUGCAAAACAAGGCUUAUAUUAUGAUGGGAAUUCAGGUACAUAUUACUAUUAUGAUGAAACAAGUGGGACAUAUCAGUUCCAUAGUCAAGCACAAGUAACUGUAAAUGAAGCAGCUUCGCAUACGCAAAGCAAGAAGGAGCAGAAAACUAGAAAGGCAACGAAGGAUGAGGGGAAAAAACGCAAACUUGCAAAAAGAGAGGAACAGUCGGAAGAUAAUGAACUUGAGGAGGGUGAAUGUUCAAGCGACGAUAACGACAGCAGUAUUACUGACAUUACUCCAGAAUUAUGUACUAGUAGCGACAGUGACCACGAAGAAGACCAAGAUUUAGCCAAAACUUAUCCACCAUGUAUGAGAAUCAUAGUUAAAGAAACUAAUUUGCCAAAGUUAAAAAUUGGAAAUCUCUUUCUUGUUGCAUACACGGGUGGUUCGAUUGGUCGAGAAGGUGAUCACUCUGUGGUGAUACCGGAUAUAAACGUUAGUAAGCAUCAUGCUCGAUUUGUGUAUAAUGAAGAAAAGAAAAUGUAUGAAAUCAUAGAUUUGGGAUCAAGAAACGGUACGUUUCUUAAUGGAAAGAGAUUGUCUGUAGCCAAACAGGAAUCUGAAUCUCACGAAGUUUCUCAUGGUUCAAUUGUACAAGUUGGCACUACAAAAUUAUUGUGCCAUAUUCAUAAUGGGAACGAAACUUGUGGCCAUUGUGAACCAGGACUCGUUCAACAGAAUAAUAACGCGGAAGAGAAUAAAACUUCGAAAAAAGACCUUCACAAACAAGAAUUGAAACGAUUAAAACAUAAAUUCGGAAUUGAGAAAGAUAAUGUGGCAAGUGCUAGUCAGGUAGCAACAGGAUACCAAGACAGAGCGCAAACUAGAAGACAGUGCAUCGGUUCGUUGAAUCACCAUGCGAAAACACAACAAAGUUCAGUGGACAUUUCUAUAGCAAAAGACAACAGAGGAUUCAAACUGUUAUCGAAAAUGGGGUGGACCGAGGGGCAGUCAUUGGGUAAAGAAGGUGACGGUCCAACUGAACCGAUAUCGUUGAAGAAUAAUCCAAGCAAAACCGGUCUCGGAGCAACCAGUGAAUUUCCUACAAUUGAACUAGAUUCAACUACGGAAAAGAAGCAAGCAUUAUGGCGAAAGACUCAGCAACGUUACAAAGAAAUAACCGACUAAGCGAAGUAAUUACACCGUGAACAUUUGUCAUGGAUAAAAAAAAUUUAUGUUCACUUUGAAAACGCACAUAUUUUUCAUCAUUCGUCAUGGUAAGCGAAGGCAAUUACGUUUUCUUGCCUGAAUGUUCACGAAGAAAAGGAGAACAUUGCUAAAUGAUAUUAUAGAAUUUUAUAUAAAAGACAAAUUCCACGAAAUUUUGGAAAAAUGGAUAAUUUAUAGAAUGACUGUUUCAUAUUAAUUAAGUGCUUUGGCAUUGAAAUUUUAAAAAAUUCAAAAAGUGGAAUUCAUCGCUUUUGCCUACGAAUGAUUCAUUUUACAAUUUUUAUUAUGGUAUCAGUUGACGUUGUAAAAUGAUCAAUUUUAACAUCUUGAAAUAUGAUUUUUAACGAGAUAGUCGAAGAUGACAAAAGGAAUUUGAAAAAUUAUAAAGCAAUGCCGUGUAACGGAUCAAAAACAUGGAUUCCUUGCGAUGGAAGCAAAGAGGGCAAGUCGAGUUCGUUUCAUCCAAGACCACGGUUCAUUUCUCUGGACACUCCGGCGCACCGGCGAUAUUUAUAAAGUAAACUUCACGGUGCAAAGACCUCGGAGCCAAGUGUACAGAACGAGCCGUAAGUUUAGGCCAAGCCCUUAACUCCUUCGGCACAUCGUGCGGUUUUCAUAAUAAACUACUUCCAGCGAAGCUUGAUCUUCAUUAUUUUUACGACGACGGCUAGCCCCACCGUGUUUGUCACGAUUUUCAUCCCGUUGCGACUGGAACUUAAGCUUAUACCAGUUACUUUGUCCCGUUUCCGUUGAAAAUUCACUCGGAUUUAACCCUUUCGCCAUGAACAAUGAUAUAGCGGACGUCACAAAUUGUGCAUCAUAUAAAUUACAAAUAUUUCAUAGUAAAUACUGCCCUCCUUAGCUGAAUUGUUCUAAUUCGCAUUUCAAACGUAAGCCACAUUUCUUUUUCUUUAUUAAAUUUUAAAAAUUUCACCAUCAUUUCAUAAUGCAAUUUGUAGAUUAUCAAUCGUAUUCAAUCGUACCAUAUUACAAGGUAAACGAGGGCGUUACCAUUUCGUUAAAUUAAACCCGGAAGUAUUUUCACUCCCUAGACACGUAAUUUGUAGACUCUUAACGUAAAUUACGAUAUUCCCCUCCUGUGUCACUCCAUCAUCAAAACGUCCCUUUUACGUCAUGCGAAGAUAGGUUUCGUUCAUUUUUAGGGAACGUAUCAUGGAAUCAGUCAAACACGGAAGUAUCCUGUUUCCCAAACACGCGAUUAACACACCCUCUAAUAUUAAUCUCUAUAUUAUCCAGCUAGGUCUGUGUCAUUUCUUUUAGAGAAACUUUUGUGACAGGGCUGGACAGAAAUGAAUGUCCUACAUUUUUCUAUAACAUUAAGAUUAAUUGUUGUAAUAAAUACUAGGUAAAUACUAA